GUGAAGGGGACCAGACCAGAGCUGAAGCCAGAUGCCAAAACAGAAACAACAGAAGUUUGAGCAGCUAACUGGAUUAGACAUGACGCGAGACCUGACCUGCUACUUCACAAGCGCCUGCGGGAUACAUCCACAUUAAGUCACUUCUCUACAGCUCGUCAGACUGAAAGUUAAAGGGGAGGAGGACAAGAGGAAACUCGAGAAAACAAUUACUGGAAUGUCGACCUGGAUAAAGAAACUUCCGCUUUCCCCGAGAUCAGAAUCCUCAUAUUGAAAGCCUUCUCUAACCAAGUGACCUCUUGGUUUUGUGGAUUUGUUUAAAUGGGCCUUGGCCUUCUCCAAAGGAGCACUUUAAAGCAGAAAGCAUCUGUGACGUUUGCUUUUGGUGUUUCCAUUUAACACACAGAGCACAGCCCUCGUUGGAUAGACGAGAGUCUCAGGGAAACUAUUUCAUUUUGGGCAGUUUUUUAACCUUAAUCCAACCACCCAAAGGGCUCAGAGGGACAUUAUAUCUUUAUCAUUUUAGUACCCUGGCAUCCUAACAUGCACAUUUGCUGUCUCACAACUAUUUCAACUCUCUAAAGGAUUUAGCAAAACUUUUCCAACAGUGAGAUAGUCUCAUUUAAAGGGCUUACACGUCGGUAUCCUAAGCCAUGGAUGGGAAAACUGACAGCAUUCAGGAUUUUUUCAACCAACUGUGGCGCUUUGCUUCAGAAAAACACAACCAGGGGGCCUAUAACACAGUCUGCCUGGUGGUCCUCCUGACGCUUCCCCUGCUCGUUCUCCUCACAACAGUGGUGGUGUGCUGUCACUGCUGUUGCUGUCGUCAUGCCAACAGCUGCUGUUGUUGUUGCUGUGGCGACACCGUGUCGUCUUCAAGGUCAGAAACAAAGAAGAAAAAAAAUUCUGCCAAUACCGAAGACUUGUGGAUCUCGGUCAAGCCGGGGCCGAUGACGCCCGACCGGGUCGCUCUGGCCAUGGAGUAAAUAUCCCUUCUUUGACCUGAGACUGCUGACGAGUUUAUGGAAAGGAGCUGAUGGAGCAUCCCGAAAAGCAUAAACCGUGGACGCUCUUGGACUCUGCUGAGCUGAUAUCCAAACAAAAAGGAUGAACUUCACCUAGUAGCGGGCACAGAUGUGGUUGAAAUAUGUAAAGAGUGUAUAUAUUGUUGUCACUUUUCAUUCAUAAGAUGUCGUGCGGUGGUUUUAUGACAAUGUUUACAGCAUUUUUAUGAGCAUUUUUUUUAGUGUUUGGUACAUAAAGGAAGAAAUAUGAAGACAGAAGCACAUAUAUAACUGCAAGUGUGUGUGUGUGUGUGUGUUUGUGUGUGUGUGUGUGUGUGUGUGUGUGUGUGUGUGUGUGUGUGUGUGUGUGUGUGUAAGAGAAGCACAGUGUUAUUGAGAGCACUUUGUUCUUAGAGCUCCCAUGUGAAAUUCAGUGCGUGUGUAUUUGGGAGAGAGAGCCAAUUUAGGGUCUGCCCAGUGCUCAGAAAGCUGCAUUACUCACAUUCAGGCUGCAAUGCAGACUGUGAUUGACUCUCAAUUUCUAAAUCAAAAGGCACUGACAUCUAAAAAGCUGAACUCACUGCCUACAGAAAGAAACUUUCUUCAUUCCAACAUUUUUCCCCCCGUUUCUUGAAGAUGUUAGAGCAUUGUCACAGGAGUGGAACUUCACUAUUGCACUAUUCAGGGCCAAAUAAGCAUUAAAAAAAGACCAUUUGUAAAAGAUAAAGUGAGACCCCCCCCCCCCCCC